AUGCCACCCGCAACGCCUGCUCCCACAUUCUGGGACAGUGACACCAUCGAGCGGACGGUGACCCGCGAGUUCGUCUGCAGUCACCUCAUACCAGAGGAAAUUGCAAAGCUCGACCAGACGCCCAGUUUCGGCGACGGCCUGACUGACCUCACCUACUGGGAGUGGAUCAAUCAGAAGGCCAAGCGUUUCUUCCUUAUCCUGGUGGACCUCGACCUGCCAGAUCAGAUUUUUGGUCUUAUAGACGAUUCAUGGGAGGACGAGGACCUGCCUAUCCCGCGCGAUCAGGUUGAACGUCUGGCACUAAAGGCCUCGAAAGAUGAGGCGACCGAAUGGAAAUUUUAUCUUCGCCAGUAUCGCUAUCUCAUGAGACCCCUGAAUGAGGGCGAGCACCUCAACUACGAUGACGACGAGAUCGUCCCAGUCUACUUCGCCGACAAGAAGCACAUGGGUGUUCAGUCACAGCCUCUGACCAAGGUCGUGCUCCCGAACCAUCCAGGUGCUAUCUUUUCCCGCGCGAAGGUGACCCUUGGCCCCGGAAGGAUGAGCGAAGAAGAGUUCAUGUGCGAAGUCGAGAACCUCAAGGCCCUUCAGCACGACCAUCUUCUGUCGUACUGGGCGUCUUACAUCCACAGAGGAUGCGGCUAUGUGAUCUUCCGACAAGCCGCUGAGUACAGCUUAAAGUCGCUUUUCACCGCGACACCAAGCUGCUUCAAGAAACUGGAAAAGAAGGACCGCCGGCAGACUGUCAUGAACUGGAUUUUCUGUCUAGUCGACACAAUCUGCUUCUUGCACAAUCGUGGACUCGUCCAUGGCAAUAUCAAGCCGUCUACCGUCAUGUUCACCGAGGAUAAUCAAGUCUUCCUCUGCGACUACAACCAUUUCCUGACUCAGUUACUCAGCGGCCAGCUAGAAAGCGAUGCCAACUCUUUUGACAAGGAAGUGUAUGACUAUUCUGCGCCAGAAAUGUGGCUCAGUUCCCUCCCAUCUUCCCCGAUGUCCUUCCGUUCUGCCAAGGGCCGCCCAACCCCACAAGCUGCCGACAUCUUUUCUCUGGGCUGCAUCAUCCUUGAGCUGCUGAGCUUUCUGGCCAAGAAGCACGGCAAGCCGUUCGCCACUCAUCGUGCGGCCAAGAAUAAAAUGGGCAGCCGCGGUGCUGCCGUACCGGACUCGUCAUUCCACAAGAAUCUUGGCCAGGUUGAGAGCUGGAUGAACCAGCUAGCCCAUGACCUCGCUAAGAAAGAUGACCCAACUUUUAAGGGUGUUCCGAUGAUGCUACAUGUCGUCGAGGACAUGCUUUCCUACUACCCUGCCGAACGGCCGCUCGCCAACGAGGUCCAGACCAGGACAUAUCAGAUUGUGACCAACUGGUGUGGUAUCACUGAGCCGCACUGCGUCCAUAAGUAUGGCGAGUGGGAGCAUACUUUCAGCAGUCUCAGCCUGGGCUCAUCAUACACGGGCAGCAAAAGUACAAUCUCGACCGCUCGGAGCAGCCGGCCCUCCUCCGGGGGCAACCUGAGUAGUGGGGCUAGUAGCUUAAGCAGCAGCUACAUUCAACCUGGUGAUGAGUAUAUGCGUGGCGCAGUCAGGGAUAUUCCUGAAGGCAAGGCUGUGCCGCGCAAGUUUGCGGACGAGAAACAGAACCAUUGGAAGGCUCAGGGGCAUUCUUUCUGGGAUCUGUCUUAUGUCCAGCCUGUUUGA